GCUAUUGCUUUCGCUGGAAUAAUUUCGUCACCUACUUGUAUUCUCAAGUUCAUCGGUAACUACAUCCUUCAACCCCAAAUUUCUACUAGUAUUUGCCUACAGUGAUGGCCUCUUCUGCUUUUCCGGUCUUACUAGACUGCGCUCGAGCUGUUGAAGAUGGGGAUCUGAAACUUGUCGAUUCACUGCUUAAGCAGAUCUGGACUCUUGAACCCGACGAACCCGACGAACAACAAAGCACGGUUGUGAAAUACUUUGCAGAAGCUCUAGUUCGCCGAGCGUACGGACUCCAUCCUGACUUUGCCUAUUUCAAAUUGCAGAUGACUCCUCCAUUGUAUUUACAGUAUUGGGAUGGUAUUGCUAAUGAGUAUAUUGGAGAUGCCAUAAACAACACCGUGAUGGGAAAGAAGCGAGUGCACCUCAUUGAUUUCCGCAUACCACAUCUCAAUUACACUAAAGGCUUGUUUGAUUUACUAACCGAUGCUUUUGACGAUCUCAUAUCAGUCCGUGUAAGUGUCAUAUUACCACCGUCUCUGAAAAAAUUUGUAAAUGUCCAAGAAGAAAAGGAUUAUAUCACUGAGGCGGUCGCGCAAUAUAAAUUUAAGUUGGAGAAGUUUGAAGUUGUUUACGCUAAUAGUUUGGAAGAAGUGGGUGAGUCUAUGUUGGAUUUCAGAAGAACAGAGGAUGAGGCUGUGGUCGUCUUCUAUUUCUUUAAACUCUCUAUGUUGCUGAGAGAGGCUGGAAUAUUGGAGAGAGAGUUGUUAAAGUUGAGGAAUAUAAACCCGGACCUUGUGAUAAUAAAAGAACUAUAAAGAAGAAAAUUGUUUAAGGCGACAUAUACAUAAUAUAGUGGGAUGCGAAGGUAGGGAUAGAAUUGUGCGACACCAUACUUUGGAUCAGUGGCGAUCCCACUUGGAAACAAAUGGCCUUUUUCUAUUUCCACUCAAGCUGGACCAGAGUAGGAGGCUUGG